GCCGCUCGGAGUCUGUGCUGCGGGCGCCAUUUUGAUCCUCUGUUUCAAUGCCAGUAGGUCGAGUGGCGUGGUUUCAGUCUUAAGUUUUUUCUUCUUUCCCCCCCCUCCCCCCCCUCCUCCUCUCACUCCUCCUGGUGCGAAAUUUUAUAGAAACGUCUCUGCAUAACCGCAGAAUCACUGUCGGAAAUGCAGUCGAAUCAAAUGAACCGAAAUUUAAAGCAAGUGAAGAUAGAGAACAGCCAGAAUUCUCCGCACAAAAGAGACUAUGCGACGGCGGAUCUGGAAGGAGCCAUGACUGGAGAAGAAGGUGAAGCGCUCACUGUAGACAUCAAGAAUUUCCGUAGGCCAGGAGAGAAGGCCUACACGCAGCGGUGCAGGCUUUUUGUCGGCAACUUGCCGACCGACAUCACGGAACAGGAUUUCAAGAAGCUGUUCGAGAAGUACGGGGAUCCGUCCGAGAUUUUUAUCAACCGGGACCGCGGGUUUGGUUUCAUUCGCUUGGAAACAAGAACACUGGCUGAAAUAGCAAAAGCUGAACUUGAUGGCACAAUGAUGAGGAAUCGACCACUGCGCAUUCGUUUUGCUACUCAUGGAGCUGCUUUGACUGUGAGGAACCUUUCUCCAGUAGUUUCCAACGAACUACUAGAACAAGCUUUUUCUCAAUUUGGUCCAGUUGAGAGAGCAAUAGUUAUAGUUGAUGACCGUGGGAAACCCACAGGAAAAGGUUACGUGGAAUUUGCAGCAAAGCCUGCUGCUCGCAAGGCACUAGAAAGGUGCUCAGAUGGAGCAUUUUUACUAACCUCCUCUCCACAUCCCGUUAUUGUCGAGCCCAUGGAACAGUUUGAUGAUGAAGAUGGACUUCCUGAGAAAUUGUUACAGAAGAAUACUCAAUAUCACAAGGAAAGAGAGCAGCCACCGCGUUUUGCUCAACCUGGUACAUUUGAGUUUGAGUAUGCAUCACGAUGGAAGGCCCUUGAUGAAAUGGAGAAGCAGCAGCGUGACCAAGUUGACAGAAACAUCAGAGAGGCAAAGGAAAAGCUGGAAGCAGAAAUGGAAGCAGCUCGUCAUGAACAUCAGCUAAUGCUUAUGAGACAAGAUUUGAUGAGACGACAAGAGGAGCUUAGACGCCUAGAAGAAAUGAGAAAUCAGGAACUGCAGAAACGAAAGCAAAUUGAAAUGAGGCAUGAAGAAGAACGUAGGCGACGGGAGGAAGAAAUGAUGCGUCAAAGAGAGCAGCAGGAUGAAAUGAGAAGACGGCAAGAAGGGUAUAAGCCCAACUACAUUGACAAUAGAGAACAGGAUAUGAGGAUGGGUGAUAUGGGUCCACGUGGAGCAAUUGGCAUGGGAGCAGUAGUGGCCAACCAAUGGCCCGCGGGCCGGAAGUGGCCCGUGGGGCCGUCAAGAAGCGGCCCCCCGAACAUUCGCACUAGUCUAGAUGCGUAUAGCCCAGCCCCUGCUGGCAACCAAGGCCCUGCUCCACUCAUGGGUAUGAACAUGAACAACCGUGGACCUAUACCCGGCAAUCCAAUGGGACCUGGCAAUCCAAUGGGACCUGGCAAUCCAAUGGGACCUGGCACUCCAAUGGGACCCGGCACUCCAAUGGGACCUGGAAAUCCAAUGGGACCUGGCAAUCCAAUGGCACCUGGCAAUCCAAUGGCACCUGGCCCUGCAAUGGCACCUGGCCCUGCAAUGGGAACUGGCCCUGCCAUUGGGCCAGAAGGAGCUGGAAAUCUGGGAACACCCAUGAUGGGAGACAACAGUGGAACGCUGAUGACUUGCUUUCCCUGAACGGUCAACAACUUAUCUGAAUAUCACAUCAUGCUCCUCUUGCAGAGCAUUUUACGUGACCUGUUGACAUCUGGCAGACUAGGUGAGUAUUCCUGCUCUAAACCUGUGCUCUGUUACAACAAAGUUUGAUAUUGCAUGCUUGUUUUUCUACUCUAUAAGGAGUGUGUUUUCCCCAACACUAUCGGCAGGGAGAUCAGUGUCUAAGGAGAUUUGUUCCAGGCGGUAGUGGUUUUGGGGGGNGGAUAAAUCAGACAGUGUUUGUACUCCUGAACAACAAUCAAGGACAAUUGGGAUGCAGUGGAGAGGCUUCCACCAGCCCAUUUCCAAAGUCCAGGUUCAAGCAGUGAGGUGGAUUAAUGGCAAACACAGGAAGCAGCUGCUGGGUGGGAGGGCUUUGGCCUAUACUGACCUGUCUCUAACCAUCUGGAAGGCAGAAUGAGUUUCACAGCUGACAUGUGUAUUUGCCAGAGCUGCUUACAUGAGCACCUGGAUUAAGCCUAGUGCUGAGUAAGCCUGGUACAUGGCAUUGGACCUCGAGAACGUCAAGAGAACUGGCACCGACAGUGUUACCUGGAGUCCCAAGUUUGUGAACACUCAUUUGUGCAUCCAGCGCCUGGAAUCCAUUUUGAUUGGCCCGCAGAGGCAAUCAGCUGCUGCUUAAACUUUGCACCUCCAACUGGUAGAACCGUCACUCAGUAGGAAGGGAUGUGUGUCCGAGCUACAGCCAGGAAGAUGAUGGCAAUGCUCUCACACAUUGCAUGCUGUGAUGUGUUACCCACCAGGGAGUUCCAGGUACCUACCAUCCACCCAACAAGGGCUCAAACCCAUGCUUGUCGGAUGUCAAAUACCCAACCAGUGAUUAUGCUUCUGAGAGGGGGAGAUAAAUCAGGGUCUAUUGUAAAGAUGAGUAUUAUAAAUGAGGUAAUAGUUUGAUUUCAUAUUAUUAAUCUCAUUUUGAUCCCAGCAGUGUCCAGUUAACCUGUUUAAAAGUUGUAUUUACAGGUGAUCCACAUAACUCAUUGAUCAAUACUACAGACGUUGAGGUUCGAGUGGCUUCCACAGGGGAACUGCUCUGAGGAUCUGAAACGUGGUGGGUCAGAGCUGCUGCCCUUCAUCUCUUUAUUUGACAGACAUAGACAUGUAUGUGAUCAACUCCUGACUUUUCAAACUAGACCAGUGAGAGCUGACAUGUCAUUUUAUUAAAGAAAAUAUUAGCACCUUGAGUCUUUUCCCAAGGAAAUAUUUUCAUUUUUCAAUUGAUCUUAACAGUUUGAAGCAUUAUCCUGCCCAAGUACCUUUUAUGGUGGUCCAGAGUGCCAGCCAUUUAUUGAUCUUUUAACUCCCUUUCCCAUUUUAAAAAAGAAAAUUCUAAAUGGAUGUCAAUAGCAGCUGCAUUUUUGCUACUUAUACAUCUAACCUGGUCAGACACUUGAUGCUGAGUUUAGAAGUUUUCAGCUCAGCAUGUCUGCACUGGCUCUAUCGCAAGAUGUUCAUCCAAUCACCCUACCUUAUCCCCAUCCCAAUGUAUUAAAUAAUAAUCCUUACAUUUGAUAUAGUGCUUUAAAAUAUUUUUUUAAAUGAUUUAGUGAGAAAAUAAAAAUCUUUUCUUCCAAGAUUUCCAAAUAAAUGCAACCUUCUUUUGAGCUGUGUACAGUACAUUUUAUUUUACAUUUUUGUAGUGCCUUUCAGUGGAUAUCUUGAAACAUUUCACAUGGUUGCCUGGCCACCUGCUCUUGAGUGGGGGAGGGGGUGAAAAGAGAUAAUCCUUUGUGGUUGAAGGGAUUGGUUUUAAUGCAGGGAAGGAGAGGGUGAGAUGGAAGGUCUCCACGAGAGAGUGCUGGAGCAUAUAGCAGAAAGCUGAUGGUGUGGCUAUGUUACAGGCUAAUGUUUGCUGAGUGGAAGGAGCUUCUCGCUAAGCAGGGAUUGCAGGAGUGAGGGUGGGGCAAGACCACCACCAACAAGAUUACAUUUGUAUAGCCCGUCGGAGUCAGGCGAUGCUACGGAGGUGAGGAAAGGCAGAGCAGGUUAUGGCUUGAACGUGGUGGAGAAAAGACAGUUGAGGGUCGAACAAGACACCUGGGUUCCUGACUGGCUUGGUGAGUUGUAGUGUGCAACCAUGGAGUUUGAUGCUGCCAGAGCCUGAGGUGCAGAGGCGCUGGCGCGAGCCAAUCAGGAAGAUCUCAAGUCUUUUUCACAUUCAACUAUAGGAAAUUUGCCCUCAUCCAGGACUUGAUGUCCGACAGGCAGUCUGUCAGGAUAGCAGUGGUCCUGGAGUUGAGGGUGAAGGCAGAAAGAGAGUUCGGUGUCAUCCGCAUUACAUGUGGAAGUUGACCCUAUGUCUGUGGAUGAUGUCACCAAGGGGGAGCAUGUAGAUAUUAAAGAGGAGAGGGCCAAGGACAGAGCCCUGGGGGACGCCAGAUGUGACAGUGGGGGACUGGAGGAGAAACUGUUAGAAGCAACAAAGUGGAGAUGGUGAGAGAGAUAGGAAUCGAAUCAGGCAAGGGCAGAUCCGUGAAGUAAAGCAGAGAGGCGGUGUAUGAGGAUGGAGUGGUCGACAGUGUCAAAGAGGUCGAGGAGGACAAGGAGACAGAGGGAGCCCUGAUCACAGAUGUUCAGAAUGUCAUUAGUGACUUUGACCAUGGAGGAUUUCAAGGUGAGGAUCUGCUAGGGGUGCAUUGAAGCAAGUGAAGUCACACCUAAACUUCAAGAUGGCUGCAGCUCAUAUAGUGAGGAGCUGGGGAAGUGCUCUGGGACACAGCUAUCUGAGGGGCACUGUAUAAAUGCAAGUUGCUGUUGGGCAAUCAGGGGUUUGCCUGCCUCCAUCAUAAUGUGGGUGAGAGAAAGCUGAGAAGUGAGAGGACAGAUGUAGGGCUUCAAAGAAUUUUUGGGUCAAACAAGACUGAGGUUCUACGCCCUUUCCAUGAGGUACAAUAGGCGGUGCAGAUUGAUGAGUUCGGCACCUAUGGUAAGAAGGUGCUGGUGUGAGCCAAGCACAAAAACCUCACACUGCUUGACAUUCAAAUCUGACAUAACAGGAAAUACCAAUGGAAGAGACUAAAUGCUUCCAAUAUAUGGGAGUGAACCCAGGAAAGGACACAACUGUGGUGGUGGAGCAGAGAGAAGGAUGGAUUGGUCAAAGGUAGACAGGAGGACAACGACGCAGAUGAUUGUUACUGACCUUGACCAGUAUUGUACAACUGCUUUCUUCCUACCUUCUAUCCAUCCAAGAUAUUCAAUAAAUUAUGAAACUGAUCAUUCUAUCAGA